AUGCUGAAGCCUUCCCAAGAUGAGUGGGACAAAACUCAGGACACCAUGGAGGCCGCCAUGGCCUUGAAGAGGAACCUGAACCGGGCCUUGUGGGUCUGCAGGCUCUGGGUUCUACCUGCGCAGACUCUCAUCUCUGACUUCCUGGAAAACCACUUCCUGGAUGAGGAAAUCAUAAAGAAGAUGGGUGACCACCUGACUGACCUCCGCAGGCUGGCCAGCCCCAAGCUGGGUAAUUUGGUGCACCCUGACAUUGGCAUCUCUUCCAAAGCUAUGAGCAUCAUGAACUCACUUGUGAAUGACGUGUUUGAGCGCCUGGCCUGCGAGGCUGCCGACUGGCCCCAGUACUCAGACCGAACCACACUGACGUCCCGGGAAGUCCAGACGGCAGUGUGCCUGCUGCUGCCUGGAGAGCUGGCCAAGCACACUGUGUCCAAGGGCACCAAGGUUGUCACCAAGUACACCAGCUCCAAGUGACCCGGGGCCUAAGCUAAAUAAAGGGUGAACUGCUCUCAUGCACUGUGGUGAUUUCAAAAAUGGACAUGUGUGGGUGAGGUGUGAUUUGGGACAAGGGUAUUAUACUUUUCCCCCUCUUUUU